GAGCGCAACAAACAUGGCGACAGAGCGCGGCGGACACGGCUGUCUGCUAACUUUCAUCGUGGUCCUCUGGAGCUCUGUCAGCGGCCACACUGACUCCUCUCGCCCGGCUCACAGCUGUCAGAUCCUGGGCAUGCGGCUGGAGAGAAGCGACAAGCCGGCCACCACCACGGAGGACGGGCUCAUCCAGCUGACGGAGGAAAGCCGCGUCCUGAUGCGCUUUUACGGGGUGCACCUGAGCCCCGACGCGGCGUCCAGCAUCAGGUUCACGGAGUACACAGAGGACACAGAGAAGCAGAAUAACACCUGCGAAGACUUUACCAAAGACUUGAGCAUCAGCACAUUCAUGAACGUGUCCAACAGGGGCAGCUCAGGACUGGUCAGCGUGUCCGUGAAGCCUCUGCGUAAAACAGAGAAGCAGAAAACCUACAGUCUGUGCGUCAAAUCCGGAGACAGGUGGGUUUACCUGGGCGAUAAAGACGGGAGAUUGGUGGUUGUGGAGGAGAAAGAGUCUCUCUUGCCUUUGUGGCUGCUGAUUAUUUUAGUAACAGGUCUUCUGGUGCUGUCCGGGAUGUUCAGCGGACUCAAUCUGGGACUCAUGGCUCUGGACCCAAUGGAGCUUCGCAUAGUGCAGAGUUGUGGGACUAAUAAAGAGAAGAAGUACGCUAAGAAGAUUGAACCCAUUCGGAGUAAGGGUAACUAUCUGCUUUGCUCUCUGCUCUUGGGUAAUGUAUUGGUGAACACUACUCUAACCAUCCUCCUGGAUGAUCUGAUUGGGUCUGGAUUGGGCGCAGUGGUGGCAUCCACUGUUGGCAUUGUGAUAUUCGGUGAAAUAGUCCCGCAGGCGCUCUGUUCGCGCCAUGGUCUGGCUGUAGGCGCCAACACCAUCAUACUCACCAAAUUCUUCAUGCUGCUCACUUUCCCCUUGUCCUUUCCCGUUAGCAAGCUUCUGGAUUGUGUCCUCGGGCAGGAGAUUGGCACCGUUUACAACCGAGAGAAGCUGGUGGAGAUGCUGAAGGUCACCGAGCCCUAUAAUGACCUGGUCAAAGAGGAGCUGAACAUCAUCCAGGGCGCUCUGGAGCUCAGGACUAAGACUGUUGAAGAUGUGAUGACGCCGCUAGGACACUGCUUCAUGAUCCACACAGACGCUGUGCUGGACUUCAACACCAUGACGGAGAUCAUGGAGAGCGGGUACACCAGGAUUCCAGUGUAUGACUCCGAGCGCUCCAAUAUUGUGGAUAUCCUGUAUGUUAAAGAUCUGGCGUUUGUGGAUCCGGAUGAUUGCACCACUCUGAAGACGGUCACCAAGUUCUACAACCAUCCGGUGCACUUCGUCUUCCAUGACACCAAGCUGGACGCCAUGCUGGAGGAGUUUAAGAAAGGUAAAUCUCACCUGGCCAUCGUACAGAAGGUGAAUAACGAGGGUGAAGGAGAUCCGUUCUAUGAGGUUCUGGGUUUGGUGACGCUGGAGGACGUGAUCGAGGAGAUCAUCAAGUCGGAGAUCCUGGACGAGUCUGAUCUCUACACCGACAACCGUAACAGAAAGAAAGUGGAUCCCAACAAGAACAAGAGGGACUUUUCUGCCUUCAAACACGAGAGAGAAUCUAAAGUCAAGAUAUCACCGCAGCUGAUGCUAGCAGCGCACCGAUUCCUGGCGACAGAGGUGAGUGCUUUCAGUCCGCUCCAGAUCUCGGAUAAAGUGCUUCUGCGAAUCCUCAAACACCCGGACGUCAUUCAGGAGAUCAAGUUCAACGACAGCGACAAACGCUCGCAACACCACUAUCUGUACCAGCGCGGGAAACAGGUGGACUUCUUCGUCCUCAUCCUUCAGGGUCGUGUGGAGGUCGAGGCCGGUAAUGAGAAUAUGCGGUUUGAGACGGGGCCUUUCUCUUAUUAUGGAGUGAUGGCGCUGAGCGCACCGAGCCUGGCCGUGUGUGUGGCGUCUCCUCCUCGUCCUCGACGUCUUUCUCUAAAGAGGUUUUCUCUGUUCACGCGUUUCCCAGAGUUGCGCUCCCCGUCUCACCUGAGUGUGUUGAACCGUUCUGCGUCUCUGAGCUGUACAGAGCGAGUGGACUCCAGUGUCUCCAUCAGCGGCAGCAGCUCACAGAUCUACAGCUCCGCCCCCGCGCCGCAGUACACACCUGACUUCAACGUGCGCGCGCUCACUGACCUGCAGUACGCCAAGAUCACUCGCUCUCAGUACCAGAACGGCCUGUUGGCUUCGAGGCUGGACAGCACACCUCAGUCUCCGGAGAGCAGCCACACCCACCUAGACCAUGCCCCUGACUCCGCCCACCCACCACCUCUGACUCCGCCCACCAGCACCAAUCACAGCACAGCGACGCCCAGAGAGAGCCGGCUGGAUGAGAACACCUCACUGCUGAACGACAGGAACAGCCUGACCAAACGCCGCUCUAGCCACGCCCACCCGCACCUUAACACCAAUCACAACUGCAGCUCUAGCCCUGGCCCCCGUCCCCACAGCAACAGCAGCUCUAGCUCCGCCCCCCGUCCCCACAGCAACAGCAGCCCCACGCCCCACCCACAUGCUCACACGUUUACACACGCACACACUGAGAGCACCAUCUGACAACACUGACCUGGGGCCCGGGGCCUCACAGGCGCAUAUGGGUACAACACUGACUUGGGGCCCGGGGCCUCACAGGCGCAUAUGGGUACAACACUGACUUGGGGCCCGGGGCCUCACAGGCGCAU